CGUAGUUCAAUUAUAAAAGACACAAGCUUUUCGCACUCCACAUCCGUCACGGCAUUACCCACUUUCUCAUUCCUCAUCUCUCAUCGCUGAUCACCAAGCUUUUUGCUUCGAGAUGAGUUUCGGAACAGAAAAAGACUAUGAGUUUCUGGGGAAGAUCGGUUUGGCUCCGGAAAAUCCAGGUGGGUUCAUAAAUGGGAAGUGGAAGGCAACUGGCCCAGUUAUCUCUACCUUCAAUCCUGCAGACAAUCAGGAAAUUGCUAAGGUCACGGAAGUGUCUACAGAUGAUUACGAGGAGGGGAUUCGUGCUUGUAGUGAAGCAUCCAAGACAUGGAAGAGUCUGCCAGCACCGAAGAGAGGUGAGAUUGUUAGACAGAUAGGAGAUGCAUUAAGGGCCAAACUGGACUAUCUGGGUAGGCUUGUGUCCCUCGAGAUGGGGAAAAUACUUGCUGAAGGAAUUGGGGAAGUUCAGGAAGUGAUCGACAUGUGUGACUUUUGUGUUGGAUUGAGCCGUCAACUGAAUGGAUCUAUAAUACCCUCAGAACGUCCAAACCAUAUGAUGUUUGAGGUUUGGAAUCCAUUGGGAAUAGUUGGUGUCAUCACUGCUUUCAAUUUCCCAUGUGCUGUUCUUGGAUGGAAUGCCUGCGUUGCACUUGUCUGUGGUAAUUGUGUUGUCUGGAAGGGUGCACCAACAACUCCUUUGGUAACUAUUGCUGUGACAAAGCUAAUUGCUGAGGUUCUUGAGAAAAAUAACUUGCCCGGGGCUAUAUUCACUGCUUUCUGUGGUGGAGCUGAAGUUGGUGAAGCAAUAGCAAAAGACAAAAGAAUACCGCUGGUUUCAUUCACUGGAAGUUCAAAGGUGGGUCAGCAUGUGCAACGAAUUGUCAGUGAGAGGUUUGGUAAAUGCUUGCUUGAAUUAAGCGGGAACAACGCUAUAAUUGUUAUGGAUGAUGCUGAUAUCGAGUUGGCAGUGCGUUCUAUAUUUUUUGCGGCUGUUGGUACCGCUGGUCAGCGCUGCACUUCAUGCCGCAGAUUGUAUCUUCAUGAAAGUAUAUAUCAGAAUGUAUUAGAUAAGCUAGUCGGACUUUACAAGCAAGUCAAAAUUGGGAACCCCUUGGAGAAAGGAACUCUAGUUGGGCCACUACAUACUCACCAUUCGAAGGAGAAUUUUGAGAAGGGGAUUGGGGCAAUUAAAUCUCAGGGGGGAAAGAUUACUGUUGGUGGAUCAACUGUAGAGUCAGAAGGCAAUUAUGUGCAGCCAACAAUUGUUGAGAUUUCUCCAACUGCAGCUGUGGUGAAAGAAGAGCUGUUUGGUCCAGUUCUGUAUGUUAUGAAAUUCAAGAGUCUUGAUGAAGCAAUUGAUAUGAACAACUCUGUAUCACAAGGAUUAAGUAGCUCAAUCUUCACACGAAAACCAGAAAUUCUCUUUAAAUGGAUUGGGCCACACGGCAGUGAUUGUGGUAUAGUGAAUGUAAACAUUCCUACUAAUGGCGCUGAGAUUGGUGGUGCCUUUGGUGGAGAGAAGGCAACUGGUGGUGGCCGCGAAGCAGGGAGCGACUCAUGGAAGCAAUACAUGAGACGUGCAACAUGUACAAUCAAUUAUGGGAGCGAACUACCACUUGCUCAGGGUAUCAACUUCGGGUAGUAAACCAGUCUUCACACUACGGGUUUGGUAUAGUCUCUGACUCUCUGCCAUGACAUAUUAAGGACAUUCUGCAGUAGCCGCUCUCAAAGGAUAUAAUUCCCCUACCAGCUUGACUUUGUUCAACGAAGCCCGAACUGAUCUUUAUGAUGUUUGGUGCAAGACUCGUGUUUACAUUUAUAAUCUUGAAUAAUAAUAGCAGAAUGUUUAAAUAGCAUCCUCUUCUGUCAUUUGAGUGACUUGUUUGCUUUUCUGAAGCUUCAUUUGGGAAAUGUCCCAUCAAUCAAAAUGAGCCCAACAACAUUAUGAUCGCUGUGGUCCAAGUUAAUAAAUCUUGUUGCUUCUUUGCAUAUAUGACAUCCUUUAAAAAGUUUCAUGUCAGAAUGAAGCUUUAUAACUAGACUUAUAUGAGACGGUUUGACAGAAUACGAAGUGUCAAUGUCCACUUCAAGUGCAGUGGCAAGCAUUGUAGUGAAGAAGGUAGAAGAUGACAAGGGCCGUCAUUAUGAACCAAGUUUUGGCUGGUGAAUUCGCUUCGCUGUUGCCACCAGAAAGUUUCCGUCCUACUGAUUUUACUUUCCAAUCAGUGGCAUCACUUUCAUGAACACCAAAACCUAUACAAAAUCAUAGUUCAUGCUCACACUCGUCUCCCUUGAUUGACCAAAUUCAAAAAACAAAAAACACAAUCGACAUUGUGCUGGAGCUUGGUGACUACAAAUUUGACGAUGCAUGGAGUACAAUAAAAGUGUGCACAGCCCUUGAAGUCGAAUGAGUCUUCCGAGUUAAAUAGGCUUAAGACACAAACCUAUGUGAUAGGGUUACAGAAAAUGUCUCUUACUAUGUGAUAAUAGGGCUACGUACGUAUACAGAAUAACAUAUUUAUACAAGCAAAUCAAAAGAUGCUUUGCAAAACAAAAGGUAUUAUUAUUACA